AUGAUUUCCUCCCAAAUGAUAUUAAAAGCAUCCACUCAACAUGAGUUUCUUUCACUGUCCCAGCAAACUCCUACCUUCAUUCAUGAUUCCUCACUAUCCCAGUUUUCCAUUACUCUUCUUAAGAAGCCUGAGACGCCUGAACUUUGGUUGAACUUCGAGAAUCUUUUCGUUGCUUGCCUUGUGACUGGAGAUGACUUGUCGGCUUUGGACUGUCUCAACCGAAUUUCUACUCGGUUUGGGAGCGCAAAUGAACGUGUAAUAGGGUUACAAGCGCUCUAUGAUGAGGCUCUUGCGAAAACGGAGGAAGAUCUAAAAAAAAUACUAGAAAACUACAAUACACUUUUAAAGGACAAUUCUGUGAAUGUGUCAAUUCUGAAACGACGAGCCGCUCUACUGCGAUCGAUAUCCCGGCCAGCGGAUGCAAUUGAGGCUCUUGUCAGGUUUUUGGACGCAUUCCCUACUGAUGCAGAAGCCUGGUGUGAGCUUUCGGAUCUUUACCAAGGUCAAGGAAUGACAUCACAAGCUGUUUUUUGCCUUGAGGAGGCGAUUAUCAUCUCUCCGAACGCAUGGAAUCUCCAUGCGAGGAUAGGCGAGCUAUUAUACGUCUCAACGUUGCUAGCGCCAACAGAUACUGAUAUAAAGGUUCUCGAUGAAUGUGUGAAGCGAUUUUCCAGAUCUAUUGAGCUAUGUGAUGG